GUCUUCCUUUGCGACGCUGUCUCGUUUUCGUCGCGCUGUCUUGGGUCUUCCUUUUUCUUGUCUCGCUCUUUUCUUUUCUUAUCACGCCCAAUGCGGGGUAGCUUCCUGGAGGUCUGUCGGCCACUCAUGAGGAGUGAAAGAAGCGUUGCCCGCAUGGGGCGAAUUAUCUUUUUGCAUGCUUGCGUCUCUCGUGUUUCUUUUGUCUUCUGUUCAGGCGUCCAGCGAGACGUCGGAGGUGUUCACGAUUUUCUUGGCCAAGCGACGCGCUGAUGACGUCCUGGGCGUCGACGUGUCCAUCGAAAACAUGGCUUUGAAGGUCAGAGAAGUGAAGGACAUCGGUAUGGUCAUGAAGUGGAACACCGACAACCCAGCAAAAUGUGUCCGAAUCGGGGACUCCUUGGUCGCGGUGAAUGGGGUUCACGGCAACACGGCCGCCAUUUUCGACCAGCUCAGGAAACCGAUCUCGACCUUGGAGAUCGCCGUUCAGCGCAAGCGUGUGCUGGAGGAGGGCUCGCCCGCGCGGUCGGCGCCAGCGGGGGGCGACGCCCCAGUUUGCUGCCCGGAGGUUGCCAGCGCCCCCGAGUCCGUGGACAGGCCCUCAGGCACGCAUGUGGCUGGGCCUGGCGCUCGCUCGCCUGGCGUUGCCGCUGGACAGGAGCCGGAGGACCUCGGUAGCCCCGCCAGCCCCUCCUGCGAGUCGGAGGCCGCGGCGGCGGAGGCCGCCGGCGGUGUGGCGGCGCUGCGCGCGGCGCUGUCGGCGGAGGCGUCGGCGGAGGCGGCGGCGGCCGAGGCCGCGGGCGGCGUGGCGUCCGUGCGCGCGGAGCUGGCGGAGGUGGCGG